GUCUCCACCGAGCUGCGGAGAGAGGAUCUGCCGGGCUGCGCCGGGCCCUCUUCCUUCCUUUGUGCAUCCCCCAGCCCUGUGCAAGCCGUGUCCCCUCCUCCCCGACCGCCACGUCCCCGCUUCAUUCCCCACGGAGCCGCCUCCGGUCCUGGAGGCAGGAGGAAGAGGCCUCCUUGGGCAGGCAGAGCCGGGGCAGCAGUGAGGAGCCGGGUGCCACGUCGUGUCACCCGCCCCUAGCCUCCCUGCCGGGGCACCGAGGCCGCAUCUCCGCCCGCAUCCCUGCCCGCAUCCCCGCAUCCAGCCCCGCUCCGCGCUCUCGGCGGCGGCGGGGUCCCCGCCGGCGGAUGCUCCGCGUCUCCCCGGGCCGCUGGUGCUAAAUGCUGAGCGCCGACAGGAUGGAGGAGUUUCAGAGCGAGGAAGAGGAGCCCUGGUACGAUCAGCAGGACCUGGAGCAGGACUUGCAUUUGGCCGCAGAGCUGGGGAAGACGCUGCUGGAGCGCAACAAGGAGCUGGAGGACUCCCUGCAGCAGAUGUAUGCCACCAACGAGGAGCAAGUGCAAGAAAUUGAGUACCUGACCAAGCAACUAGAGAUGUUGCGGCAGAUGAACGAACAGCAUGCAAAAGUCUACGAGCAGCUGGACCUGACAGCACGGGACCUGGAGCUAGCUAACCAGAAGCUCGUGCUGGAGAGCAAGACAUCCCAGCAGAAGAUACAGUGCUUGACAGAGACGAUUGAGGGGCUGCAGAACCAAGUGGAAGAGCUGCAGAAGCAGGUGGAGGAAAUGAGGAGUUUGGAGCAGCUCCGCAUUCGGCGGGAGAAGAGGGAACGGCGCCGAACCAUCCACACCUUCCCCUGCCUUAAAGAGCUGUGCUCCAGCCCCAGGUAUGAGGACGCCUUCCAGGUCCACAGCUCCUCCACAGAGUUCAACCAGAAGCCACUGGAGAGGGAGAAUGAGCGUCUGCAAGCCAUGGUGAACUCGCUGAGGUCCCAGGUCAACCAGGAGAAGCAGCGGAAGGAGAGGGUGGAGCGAGAGUACAGCUCCGUGAUCCAGGAGUACUCGGACCUGGAGCAGCGAGUCUGCGAGAUGGAGAACUGCAAACUGCGCAUCAAGGAGCUGGAAGCAGAGCUCCUGGAGCUCCAGCAGAUGAAGCAAGUCAAGAAGUACCUGCUCAGCCGAGAAGACAACUUGUCCGAGGCCCUCCUCGAGCCGCUGAAUAACGCCCCGGAGGCGGACUACAUCGACCUCUCCGAGGAGGAGGGAGGGAAAAGCCAGGGGCCCUCGAUGAGCCCUUCCCCUAACCACCCCGUGCGGAAGAGCUGCAGCGACACCGCCCUCAACGCCAUCGUCGCCAAGGACGCCGUCAGCCGGCACGAGGGCAACUACACCCUGCACGCCAACAACGUGCGCAAGAGGGGCAUGUCCAUCCUGCGGGAGGUGGACGAGCAGUACCACGCCCUGCUGGAGAAGUACGAGGAGCUGCUGAGCAAGUGCCGGCAGCACAAGGACAGCGUGCGCCACGCCGGCGUCCAAACCUCCCGGCCCAUCUCCCGCGACAGCUCCUUCAGAGACUUCCGGGGAGAGGGAUACGAGUUGGAAGAGCGCAAAACCAUGGAGAAGACCAUCAGCAAGCACGUGGAGGCCGUGGACAAGCGGCUGGAGCAGAGCCAGCCCGAGUACAAGGCUCUGUUUAAGGAGAUCUUCUCCCGUAUCCAGAAGACAAAAGCAGACAUCAACGCCACGAAGGUGAAAAACAAGAGCGGCAAAUGAGCCCUGCCCCUCCACACCCCACCCCACCCCCACCCCCGCCACGUGCAAUCACCACAGCCAAGGCUCCUCCUCAGCCCCAGGAAACACCACCUGGCCCCACGGCUUUGAAGGUUCGAGAGGUCUACAUGCAAGACAUUGUCCCGGAGACUCAAGUCUCUCUUGUUGAAGCUGGGGCUCUGGAGCAGUCUUCGGGCCACCUGUGUACAUUGUAGUUAGAGGAUGCCAGAAACCGUACGAUGGAUCUCUGCAUGAGUCGCUGCCGGACGUCGCAACAGCAACGGAAACCACGCCACGAAAAGCAAAGCAAAGCAAA